AUGGCGCAAAUAUUCCUCGACGUGCUCUACUCCUUUGGCAACUGCCUCAACUGCUUCCCCGGCUCGCCGACACUCAAGAUCAACAGUCGGAGCUUCAAGAUUCUCCGUCUGCUGGGCGAGGGCGGCUUCUCCUACGUCUACCUCGUCCAAGACACCCAAACCGCCGAAGAAUUCGCCCUCAAAAAGAUCCGAUGCCCCUUUGGCGCAGAGUCGGUCGCCCAGGCCAUGAAGGAGGUCGACGCCUACCGCCUCUUCGCCCGCAGCCCGGGCAUCAUCCACGGCGUCGACCACGCCAUCGCCACCGAGCGCGGCGGCGAGCCGGGCUCCAAGACGGUCUACGUCCUGCUCCCCUACUACCGCCGUGGCAACCUCCAGGACCUCAUCAACGCCAACCUGGUAAACCACACCGCGUUCCCCGAGCGCAGGCUCAUGCUCCUGUUUCUCGGGGUGUGCAAGGCGCUUAGGGAGAUGCACCACUACACCGGCGGCGGCGGCGGGCAAUCUCAAUCACAGCCCGCCGCAAUGGAGAGGAUGGAGAUGGGCAACGGCGACGAAGACGACCAGGGCGCCGGGCCGAAGCGCAAGAAGAGCGGGAAGAAGAACAAGGGCGGGAAGCGCGUCUCCAGCAUGGCCGCCGCCGCGGGCGCCGACGAAGAGGACGAGAACGAGCAGCAAAGGCCGCUGAUGGAGGGCGAGACGCCCGGGUCCGGGGACGUAAAGUCGUACGCGCAUCGGGACAUCAAGCCAGGCAACAUCAUGAUUGACGACUCGGGCUCGAACCCAAUCCUAAUGGACUUGGGCUCCAUCGCCCCCUCCCCGAUCCCAAUAACAUCCCACUCCCUCGCCAUCGCGGUCCAGGACACGGCCGCCGAGCACAGCACGAUGCCCUACCGCGCCCCGGAACUCUUCGACGUCCGUACGGGAACCGUCAUCGACACAAAAGUCGACAUCUGGUCCAUGGGCUGCACCCUCUACGCCUGCCUCGUCGGCAAGUCCCCCUUUGAGGCCCGCUCCGACGAGACGGGCGGCUCCCUCAGCAUGUGCGUCCUCGGCGGCGACUGGCGCUUUCCCGACGAGGGCAUCAAGCGCACCGGCACCAGCGGCGGCAUGAAGGGCAAAGCCGCCGCCACGGCGGACGCCGGGGCCGGGGCCGGAGAAGUCAAAAUUAGCGAGCCUAUUCGCGAUGUCGUGAGGAAAUGUCUCAAUGUUGAGCCUACUGAGAGACCGGACAUUGAUGAGCUCAUUGACUUGGUGGAGAGCGUCAUCGAGGAUUUGCCUCAAGACGGAUCCUUGUGA